AUGAGCUGGAGUCUCGCCGCCGAAAUCCUUGUCGCUCUCAGUCUUAUUCUACUUGGGAACGCCUCUGUCAUCAAUAUCACCUUGGACGACCACUCCCCACAAAUUAUCUAUCCCGCGCUCUUAUCCUCCGAAAGCCGCAUUUUAUGCCCUUCCGAGACCUCAUUGUCGUGUAGCGAGAGUUUUGCAUCUCAAUUAUUCAACGGGACAUCCACCACAACGACUGCCCUUGUUGUUGUCCCAUUCACCGGCUCUGCUGUCUAUGUCACCCUUUGGGGUCAAUGGCGCUGCCACGUUUGCGAUAUCAACCAUGUUGUCCCCGCUCUUGCACUCACAAAUCUCUCUGAAGGACCUCAUGUGCUUACAAUGCGUGGCUCAGCCAAUGAUUCCGCAGUUCCUAUCCAGCUUGAUUUCCUCAUCUACACUCAAAAUAUGGAGUCGAUCUCCGGCCAUCUCUCUCGCUCUGCUCGCAUUGGAGCAAUCGUGGGCGGUGUACUUGGCGGGCUAGCGCUGAUUGCUGCUUCACUUUUCCUCGGUGCAAUAAGUCUGCGAAAGCGAGCACAAGGUAAACGACGAGGAUCAAGAGCAUUGUGGCUCCGUCAAGAGUGGGCGGAGAGGCCAAGCGGCAUUGUAAUGGAAGGGGUGGAGGCCAACACGCAUAAGUAG